AAUGUUACUGGUUAAAACUAAUUUGUGGGUCCGGCCGUGCCUCCUCCUGCAAAUGAGCGCUCAAGGGGAGGGACCGGGCGCCGCUCUCAGCAGCUCAAGACGUCAGCAGCAAUCAACCGUCGCUGGGCAGUAACACUACUACCGAGAGGAACAAGCUGCCAUGGUCCUCAUCAAGGAGUACCGUGUGGUUUUACCCUGUAGCGUCGAGGAGUAUCAAGUGGGACAGCUGUUCUCAGUGGCUGAAGCAAGUAAAAAUGAGACGGGUGGAGGUGACGGCAUUCAGGUACUGAGGAAUGAGCCAUAUGAAAAAGAUGGCGAGAAAGGACAAUAUACACACAAGAUCUACCACAUAAAGAGUAAAGUCCCAGGAUUUUUAAGGGUGCUAGCCCCUGAAAAUGCCUUUAUAUUCCAUGAAAAAGCCUGGAAUGCCUACCCCUACUGCAAAACCGUUGUUACGAAUGAGUACAUGAAAGACGAUUUCUUCAUCACUAUUGAGACGUGGCACAAACCGGACCUUGGAACACAAGAAAAUGUGCACAAACUAGACGGCUCCGCAUGGAAGAAUGUAUCUGUGGUGCCCAUCGACAUCGCAGACAGGAGUCAAGUGUCUGCUGCAGACUACAAGCCUGAUGAGGACCCUGCCAAGUUCAAGUCAACUAAGACUGGCAGAGGACCGCUUGGGCCCACCUGGAAGAAAGAACUGGUUAACAAGACUGACUGCCCAAGGAUGUGUGCCUACAAACUGGUCACAGUCAAGUUCAAGUGGUGGGGCCUGCAGACCAAAGUGGAGAACUUCAUCCAUGAGCAAGAGAAGAGGAUCUUCACUAACUUCCACCGCCAGCUCUUCUGUAUGAUUGAUAAGUGGGUAGACCUGACUAUGGAUGAUAUCCGGCAGAUGGAGGCAGAGACACAGAAGGAGCUGGAAGAGAUGCGUAAGAAUGGCUCUGUGCGAGGUACAAAAGCUGGAGACGAGUAGGCAGGCCAGGUGUAGGUCUCGGUGUUGCUGUCUUCGCAAACAGGGUAAAUUACGGGGAACCAGUGCUGCAGAUGCAUGAAAAGGCAAAGGAUUUUAAACACCCACGAUGACAGCAGCGUUGGAGACUGCUAAGAAGGCUCCUUUGCUGCCACUUUUUACCUGAACUUCUGGAGAGAUAUGAAGAGGAGCUACUUGCAGUAGAGAUCUGUUUUACAUCAUAUUUCACAGUGGCAGGUGUUGGAGUGAACAUGUCUUCUGUAUAAUUUAGAUUUUCCUUUUCUGUUAACGUUAUCUCCAAAACAUUCCUAUCGAGAUGCCCUGUCUGACCUCUCUUUGCCUCCUCCUUGGGUUUUAACUGUACACACUGUGGCUCUGUGGUUUGCAUUCCCCAGCAUGAGUCUGUCUGUUUGUCAUACUCAUGUUCCUUCCUGCCACAGCCCUCCAUUAAGAGAUUACUAACAGCGUUGGCGCCUUGGCCCAUUGUAAUCCUCCCCUCAUCACCCCACUUUACCCAAAGCACUGCAUCUUAUUAGCACUGACAAUCAUGCCCAUACAGGUAUUCACUCUCACUCUCGCACAGAUUUAAUAAGAAACUCGCACACAAAUGCAUGUGCCACAUAUACGUUGCGCACAUGAGGAUAAACAUGAAAUCAUUCUCACGCAUUCACAGGUGUGGAUGCCUUUGCAGUGACUGAUCUCUUUAAAAGCUCAAGCUGGGCAAAUCCAUGCAAGCUUGAUCAGUUAAAGGAUGUUACUUUGGAGUUGUUGUUUUGUUUUUUUUUUCCCUCCCCCUCCCUCACUCCCUGUUUUGAAGACAUUCACACUUAACAUACAACGCAGCAUUCACCUCCCUAACAGAUGUCCCCAGAGAAAAACUGCACUGAAAAACAGCCACAGAUGGUGCUACACCCCUCCAGCCCCUGUCACAAGCCAAGCUGCACCGCACCGCUCGCCGCACCUCACGCAGCCCACCCCAGAGGCCUGUCUCACUCUCACUGGUUCUCUGAGGUAGACUGUUUCCAAAAGGCCUCUUCUGCAUCAUUCUGGGUGUGUUUACAGAUUCAGUAAGAGCCUUACCAGCACCCAGUCAACACCAGCACCACUCGCUGCUUGCCUUAAUCCCCGGACCGUUGGACCUGUUAGACCAAUCGUAUCUCUGCUGCCAGCUAUUGCCCAAGCUACCUCCCUUGUUUCUGACUGCAGUUUUCCUGACUCCUAACUGUUAGCACUAGCCUUUAGCCGCUACUUGUUAGGAGUGAAUGAUGGCAGACAGAGCUUUAUGAGUACAGUUGAUUUUGUUUUUUUUCUUUACGUGCGAUUCGCUUUAUGUUAUUGUUACAGCGCCUGAGAAAGUGCAAUUCCUUCAGCAAGCAAAAAAAAAUGUGCAAGUUGCACAACCUGUACAUUGUUGUUCCUGCAAAGGGCUACAGAUUUCCAUCCUUGCUUCAGAUCGGCCUUUUGAUGGAUAUGCCGUUAAUGACAUUUCAACUCCAUAGUGCACUUUCUGGCCUUAGGCUGCAGAAUCAUGGGGUACAGGCCUACAGUGUUACUCAAUAGUGUUACAUACGUGCAUUGUACAAUGUUUCCUCAUUUCAUCCUUUACAGGUGUUUUGCAUUUGUCUGCCGCGUCGUGUCUUAAAUUGUGCAACAGAAAUUUGGCAGUUUGUUUUUAGAGAUCUGUUUUUUCCUUUCAAGACUUCAACAUAAUGAAAUGCUAUGAGUUCAAAAAUGCUAAUGUUUUUAUUUUCUCUAAACUGUUUGUUUCAGUAAUGGGUUUUUGGCUUUUCCAAAGUAUGAAUUUCUGAUGUGUUUACUUGAGUUCAGCAGAGGUAAUCUAGGAAAAUUCAAGGCAGCAUUCCAGACAUUUUUCCUAGCAUAAUCUUCUCAGGUGAAGAGUACAAUGCAAAGAUGUUUUUGAUAUUGUUACUCAUCAGUUGCCCAACCAGCAGGCUGCCUUUCACCAUACUGUAUCCUUUUCUGUGGGCAACACGGUAAUACAGUUUCAGCGUGAUGGGGAGUGGUUGUAAUGGAGCCUCUUCUGUUUUAUCGCAGUAUAUGAGACAGCCAGUUGGUCUUUAAUGCUGUACUGUACUAAGAUUGUACGCUCUUAUCUCAAAUAGCAAAAACGUAUAAAACAAUCCUGUAUAAUUAAUAUUUCCAAGUCUGUCUUCAUGAUUGCUGAUGUCUGUUCAAUAGAGGACCCGUUUGUUGACGAGAAAAUCCUAAAUCAGUGGUUUACCAUCUUUCAGUACGAUGAUAAUGGGAGAGAAGAUGUAUUCAAAACUGUACAGUCUUAUCUUAAUUGAUGGAAUCUCCAGCUGUUUACUGUCCGAACUGAUUGCUUUUAACCAUUUCUGAUCAGCUUUUGAAAUUCAGGGGACAUGGUAGUGAAUGUAUGACAUUUUGUGCCUUUUCUUUCUGUAGAUCUUUUUUGUGUGUGCAAUUAAGUCUACAUAUUGUAUCUAAAUAUCAAAUAAAUGGUUGUCUGUGAAGUAAA